CGGGAAGAGGUUAAGAAAAGAAGAAGAAAAAAAAAGAAGGGAAGAAAGCGAUCGCAGCAGCAAGGGUGAAGAGAGAGGACGGGACGCGCCUAUUUUGCCGGCCGCGGAGCCGUCCGUCCCCGGCGCGGCCAUGGCGGGCCUCCCCGGCGCGGUGCCCAGGAUGAUGCGGCCGGCGCCCGGGCAGAGCUACCCCCGCACCGGCUUCCCGCUGGAAGUGUCCACUCCGCUGGGCCAGGGCAGGGUCAACCAGCUCGGCGGGGUCUUCAUCAAUGGGCGCCCCCUGCCCAACCACAUCCGCCACAAGAUUGUGGAGAUGGCCCACCAUGGCAUCCGGCCCUGCGUCAUCUCCCGCCAGCUGCGCGUGUCCCAUGGCUGCGUGUCCAAGAUCCUCUGCCGCUACCAGGAGACCGGCUCCAUCCGGCCCGGGGCCAUCGGCGGCAGCAAGCCCAGACAGGUGGCGACCCCGGACGUGGAGAAGAAGAUUGAGGAGUACAAGCGGGAGAACCCGGGCAUGUUCAGCUGGGAGAUCCGGGACCGGCUGCUGAAGGACGGCCACUGCGACCGCAGCACCGUGCCCUCAGGUUUAGUGAGUUCGAUUAGCCGCGUGCUCAGAAUCAAGUUCGGGAAGAAAGAGGAGGACGACGACGGGGACAAGAAGGAAGAGGACGGGGAGAAGAAAGCCAAGCACAGCAUCGACGGCAUCCUGGGCGACAAAGGGAACCGGCUGGACGAGGGCUCCGACGUGGAGUCGGAACCGGACCUCCCCCUGAAGCGCAAGCAGCGCCGCAGCCGGACCACGUUCACGGCCGAGCAGCUGGAGGAGCUGGAGAAGGCCUUCGAGAGGACGCACUACCCCGACAUCUACACCCGCGAGGAGCUGGCACAGAGGACCAAGCUGACCGAGGCGCGCGUCCAGGUCUGGUUCAGCAACCGCCGUGCGCGUUGGCGUAAGCAGGCAGGAGCCAAUCAGCUGGCAGCGUUCAACCACCUUCUGCCCGGGGGCUUUCCGCCCACCGGCAUGCCCACGCUGCCCCCCUACCAGCUGCCGGAUUCCACCUACCCUACCACCACCAUUUCCCAAGAUGGGGGCAGCACCGUGCACCGGCCCCAGCCCCUGCCACCGUCCACCAUGCACCAGGGGGGGCUGGCGGUGGCCGCCGCGGCCGCGGACAGCAACUCCGCCUACGGAGCCCGCCACAGCUUCUCCAGCUACUCCGACAGCUUCAUGAACGCGGCGGCGCCCUCCAACCACAUGAACCCCGUCAGCAACGGCCUGUCUCCUCAGGUGAUGAGCAUCCUGAGCAACCCCAGCGCCGUGCCGCCACAGCCGCAGGCCGACUUCUCCAUCUCCCCGCUGCAUGGCGGCCUGGACUCCGCCUCCUCCAUCUCGGCCAGCUGCAGCCAGCGGGCGGACUCCAUCAAGCCAGGGGACAGCCUGCCCACUUCCCAGUCCUACUGCCCGCCCACCUACAGCACCACCGGCUACAGCGUGGACCCCGUGGCUGGCUACCAGUACGGCCAGUAUGGCCAGACUGCCGUUGAUUACCUGGCCAAAAACGUGAGCCUCUCCACUCAGCGCCGCAUGAAGCUCGGGGAGCACUCGGCUGUGCUGGGACUCCUGCCCGUAGAGACCGGCCAGGCCUACUAGGGCCCCCGGGGCGUCUUGCCCCAGCCCCAGGCCCAGCUUCCCCCUUCCUGACCCUGAACCUCCCGGCCUCAGUCCCCUCCUCGCCUCGGGUCCCCGGAGACUAGGAACGGAGCCCAUUCCCCGGUGACAGCCAGCCCGCUGGAGGCGUGCGGCCAGCCUUGUGGGCCCCUGUGGUGGGGGCCUAGGGUGACCCCCACUCUGGAGUCUGCCCCUUUGCUUUGUCCCCAGGAGGUUCCUGGUCGGCCCACAACCUUUUCCCGUCAAGUCCUGCCACGGCCCCUGUGCCAUCUGAGGCACCGAGAUGGAAGCUCCCCCGCAGAGAGCACCAUGAGCACCCAGAGGAGGGUGGGGUCUGGGGUGAGGUCUUGUGGGUGCCCCGGCCAGAGGCCGAGGAGCUCACAGGCUGCUCUCAGCUGGAAGUGCUGGGAGCAGGUCCCUCCAGGUGGGGCCCUGGCCCAGGGUCAGAACCCCAGCCCAGCCCUCCUCCGGAUGACGGGACUCCAGCAGAGCGGGAACCCAGCCCUGGGCUUGCCCAGGGGACUUGCCCAGGAAGUCCGAGGACUUCAGGUCCCUCCCCACACACCUCGAUCGAUUGGGUGUGUAAGGGGGAAUCUAGCCCGAGCAGGGAGAUUGGGAAAACCAGGAAGAGACUUCACCAGGGGCGUGGCCAUGUGGGCAUGGGCCAGCAGGGACCAGCCCAAGAUACAAGGACCCAGUGAGGCAGCCAGAAGCAGCCGGCUCUUAGACUGAAGCCCAAGUUGCCACUGUGCCCACCCCCCGUGGGGCCUGGGGAGCCACACAACCUCAGUUUUCCCAUUCACUGGAUCAGAUGGGGCAGGGCAGGGGGAAUACAGUCCUGAGGACCUUUGAGCAGGAAGCAUAGGCCAGGCUCAGAAGGGGGCUGGUAACUAGGGUGCCUCUGCUUCAGGGCAGCAAACGUUUGCUGCCAGAGGCCUUGGCGCCAUGUAGCUUUGAUUUCCCACGAAGCCUCUGCAGACCCGGGCUCGUCCUGCCUGCUCACCUUCUGGGUGGGGCCUCCAUCCCUGGCGAGUCCCUCUAGGCUGCGGGGUACAGGGGGUUCCCCUGCGGCUCUGGAGCAGGGUUCUUGGGCUCACAGGGACUGCUUGCCCCACAGACAAGGCCACCGACUCCCCACGGCAUUUGGGUGGGGGGGAGUGGACAUGACCCUGUCCCAUCCAGAGUGGCAUCUUUCCGUGUGGAGUCACUCUCGGCCAAGAGGCCUCUGUCUCCUGGUCCAGCACAGCUGUGCAGGGACAGACGUGGCCAGUCUUCAAACCGCCACCCCCGGACAGGGGGACGCCUUGCUCAGCCACGAGUGGCUUCCUCCUGCUCCUUCUCUUUAGAGUUGAGACCUGGGAGAAUGGGUUAAGCCCCCGACUACACCUCCCUUGGAACUUUCACCACCUUCACCUAUUUAUCAAAUGUAUAUUCAUCUUCGCCAUCAGCAGCAUCGUAAUCUACGCUUGGAUCACCUUUCUCGGGUGCUGCUGGGUAAAAGGCUCUGUGACGGGACGGGAGGCACAGCGCUGAAUCCACAAAGACGGGACCAAAUUGCUUGUGCCCCUUGGGGCACACAAGGCCACCUCUUGGCUCAACCCAUGUCUUGCCCUCAGCCCACAGGACAUUCCGAAAGGGAUGGGCUACUACUGUGCUGGGAGUUGAGCUGAGUUCCUCCCUCGGGGGAGCUGGGACACUUCAUCUCCGUGAAAGAUGCUCACCUGUUUCUCAGCUUCAGACACUGUAAUAUGACGCCUGUCCUGGACCAGGCCAGGGUGGCUUGUGUCUUGGGUUUGGAGGAACCUACUAGUAGCCAGGGCCAAACAGACUCUUCAGUAGCAGCGGACACCCAGACUUGUGUGGCCCAUCAAGUUCAGCCCAGGUUUCAACUGGAGCAUCCUCUGUAGGAGAUUUUGGGCUUGUUAAGCUCUGGACAAAAGGAUUCUGCUGUUUCUUGGUGACCCAGUCCAUGCUUCUGUAGCUCUCCCAGCCGGGAGUAGCUUUCUUUGACCAUGAUCUUCAUCCACAUUCCUUGAAUGGUCCAAGCUUCCUCCUAUAGACCUGGCUCAGGAAUCACCUGAGCCUCUUUAUGCCCUUUGUCACCCAGGCGCAGUGAUGCCAGGCAGGUGACCCCAAAACUGCUUAGCCCCGCCCCCAGGAGGUGACAUUCCAAUGCUGGGACCAAUCCUGCCCCCUGUGAUGAAAUGGGAAUAAACCAAAUGAUUUCUUGUUAUGUAAAACUUCCCUGGAGUUCUCCCAAGCCACCAUCUUGGCAUAGAAAAUGGGACUUAUUCCCCCAGGUGCCCACUCCCCUCAGAAAGAGACCUUGGCCCAGACAAGUUUUCCCUAAAACCUCACUCAUGACUUUGCUCAGCCAACUCGGUGUAUAAAAUUCAGUCUUGGGUUGGCAGCUCACAACUUCACCAGAGAGGUGGUGCGGGAUGAGAGGGACAAGGCCUCAAACUGGCGAGGGUUGACCACAACCUGAAUCCCAGUGGCUAGGCCAGCCCAGGAGCGACCCCCAUCCAUCCCUGCGAAUUGUCUGUCUGUAGCAAAAUCAGAGAUGUUUCCUCCAGCUUCUCACAAGUCGCUGUUGGUCCUGCCUACGGGCGGCCUCUCUCCUGAGCUCAAUUGUACAUUAGUUGGAAACGUGGUGAUGUGCUGUUCGUUUAUAGGAAGUUGACUUUUAUAUCUAUAAAUAUAUAUACUCCACCGGGAAAGAAACCCCCACAGUGUGUGUCGUGCUAGUGCCAAGGACCAUCUGUAGGGAUAUAUCUGCAUAUUGUGUGUUUCAAAGUAUACAUUCCAGGCUCUCUCGGGUUCUUUCAUUUUUAUUGCUUUGUUUUUCCUGUUCAGUAUUUCUUGCUAUGAAGAAAAAGAAAAAGAAAAAAAAGCCAAUGUGUAAGAACCAAGCUAUGCUUUUAUACCCGUAUAUUUUAUUUGAUUUACCUUUGCCAUUCUUUUGCCAGAGGAACAUGGGGGGAGGGGGCCAGGGGGGAGCGGGGGGGGGGGGGUGAGAGAAAAGAGAAGAAUGAAGAGAGGUUUGCCCAGAAGAAAACCCAGAUCAGAUUUCCAGUCUGGCGGUGACUUGAGAACAGGAAGGUCCCAGACUUUGGCCUCUCCUCUCAAGUACAAUGUGGUCCAUGGAGCUGAUGGAGCGUUCUAUGCUUUGGACGGCGGAACUUGGCAAAACUCCAUGAUUGCCCCAAAGAGACUUCCUGCGGGGCCUCUCUCAGAUGGAUGUUCCCCUCAGACUCCCAAAGGCACCCUUCACUGGUGGAUGCCUUUUGAGGUUGGUGGGUCUUCUCUCCUCCCCUCCUGCAGAGGCACCAAACCAAGACCAAAUGGGGGGUCUCCAGCCGCCAUCGUGAAAUGCUCAGAGAUGAUGCAUUGAAUGCAUUCCCUGCCAAUGCUAAGGUGGCCACGCCCCUACUUGGGAGCCAUCUCCAUGGCGCUCUGACCGUUCCUCCUUCCUAGUAACCGCAACUUGGUUGCAUCCAUGUUUGACUCAGCCAUUUUCCUCCACGUGGAAGUGAGCUCGUGUGCGUGGGAGUGUGAGUGGGGUGUGCAUGUGGACGCGAGGGUGUGUGCUUAAAUAUAAUCACACCAUAAUUUAUUCAGCUAUAUGGAGUAGUAGACUAGAAAGAGAAACUGGCAUUUUGCUUUAACUACCUGCUUGUAAGCGCUUCCUCUGUAACUCAGGCGUAACUGUUAUACAUUAAAAGAAAUUAAAAGCAUU